CCGCCGGCCCGUCUGUGCGGCGGGGUUUGCUAACUUCCACCCGUGGGGACAACACCGUCAGCCCGGGCAAGACCACCACAGCACCACCUGCACCACCACCGGUCUCAGCAAACCAUCCCAAACAAAGACAUGGCUCCCUUCGAGAAGUCCAUGGAGAUGACUCCCUUCAAGCAGAGGAAGUGCCUCGAAACAAGAAAAGAUGAAGUGUGCAGCAUUCGAUCCAAAUUCCCUAACAAGUUACCAGUCAUUGUAGAACGAUACGUCCGAGAGAAGACCCUUCCCCUACUGAACAAGACUAAGUUCCUGGUCCCCUUGGAGCUCACCCUGGGCCAGUUCCUCUGCUUACUCAGGUAUAAGAUAGACCUGGAGGCGAGCCAGGCCCUGUUCCUGCUGGUGGCUGAGCGGUGUAUGUCCUGUAUGUCCGCCAGCAUGGGUGAGGUGUACUCGCAGCACAGCGACCUGGACGGCUUCCUCUACCUCACCUACGCCUCACAGGAGAUGUUCGGAGCUCCGGAGGCAGGCUCACCGCCCAACCGAGAGAGCUGAUUGGCUGAUGGGAGAGCCCCACACACACACAUGGGCGAAAGAACUGUACUGAACCCAACUAAGCUUAAACAAAAACAUACACACACACACACACACACACACACACACACACACACACACACACACGCACGCACACACACGC